AUGGCAGAAUGUCCAGAAUUUGGACAAGCAGUGCGGGGUGUUGCGAAGGAGGCUCUGUCUGCCAGUUUAAAAUAUAGCAAAGGUGGUGACCUUUCAAUCAAUGUCAGCACUACCGAUGUGCAAGUGGUCAAAGAUGUAGUCGGAACUGUAUGCACGACUGUAGUUACACUUGGUGCUCUUUAUGCUGGUUAUCAUUUAAUGAAACCCUUAAUUGAGGGCGCGGUUAAACGUGUCUUUGGAGGUGAAAGAGACGACCAAGAAUUUCGGGAUAUCAAACCAGGAUCUCUAAACGUCCUACUGCAUUGUUUCACAGAUGAAAGAUUUCUGGAAGUUUUAGAAGAUAUUUAUGAAUCUGGCCGAUUGAAAAAACGUUUACAGAAAGAAUUCUUGCAGAUUGGAAUUAAAAUAGAAGGAGUAAAGGUGGAGAUUUUAAACAUGGAAGAAGUAUGCAAAACUAAGGAAGCUAUAAAUGAAAGGUAUGUGAAAAAUUUAUUUAAUUUAAAGAUAGGGUACAGUCUGCACGGACGUUGUGAAGACAUUAACAUUGGGGGGGGGGGUGGUGUUCAUGUUUUGUUGUCGACGUGGGGGGGUCAAAAAAUUUUUCCAACUAACAUAUAAGCAAAGCUUCAAAUAUUUUUCAACCAAAAUAAGCAAGGCUUGCAAUUGUUUCAAGCGCAAACAGACCUUCCAACUUUGUGGCAUGAAAAUGAUUGAGAUUUAGUUAUUUCCUGUAAUCUGAGUCAUAUAGCCCGCCGAUGGCGGGCUGGCACCUGCCGUUGGCAGGCGUUGACCUGGGGGGUUUGGGGGCAUGCUUAAGCUCCACCGGAAAAUUUUUAAAUCUGGAGUCUCUGAAAUGCCAUUUCCUGCAUUUUGGGAGAAGAUUAACAGAAUUCUAAAGGUACAAAAAUCUCAAAAGUAACACUUUUUGCACAUCUGCAUGCAAUUAUAAGUUUCAUUUAUUUUUUUAUUUCGUUAUUAUUGUUAAAAAAGUAAAAGUCAUUCUAAAUUUAAAUGUUAACGAGUUAUAGCUUGUGCUUAUGUGCUUUGUUGUAUUCAUAAGUAGCAGAUUUAGCUGCUUUUAAUGCGUUAUCAUGCCCACGCGCGAAUAAUGCUAAUUCAUCACGCGAAAUUAAUAAGAUUAUAGUUUAUAUUUUACAUAAAGCGUUGUCUGGGGAAAUCCCCAUUAACUAAGUGUCAAUUUACUAAUUUGCGCAAUAGUGCAACUUACGCAAUACUAUACGUUACACAGCAUUGAGCAACUGCUCCAAAAAUACUUUAUUUUAUAGCUAUUGAUUCAGCUAAAUAGGAACAUUUGCUUGCGAAGAGAAGCGUUAAAACAAAAGUUGGAUCGCUUCCUAUUUUUUCGCUUUUGCGUGAGAAAAUAGUGUUCAUGCGUGUGAGCGUGAGAAAUAUGUCAAAUGCGUGUGUCUCACGCAAAAUGCGUGAGAGUUGGAAGGUCUGCAGCUAUGCUUUUAAUGCGUUAUCAUGCCCACGCGCGAAUAAUGCUACUCAUCACGCGAAAUUAAUAAGAUUAUAGUUUAUAUUUUACAUAAAGGCGUAAAAGCGUUGUCUGUGGAAAUCCAAAUUUUACCAAAUUUGACCUUCAAUUUUAAGCAAUAUUAGUUCCAUUUUGACCAACUUUGACCAACGUUUUGAAUUAUUGAGGGUGUGUUACAACUUACAUCUCCCUAUGCACACACCCCCUGUAGCGACGUACGUCCCUGACAGUCCGAUCUGCACAUGUGCCUAUAGGAGUCUUCUGCCGUGACAUAAACACUUUAAUUACCAAAUUGUACCUUGAUAAUUUAUUAUACUGUAAGAAGCAUGCAUGAAAACACAAAUACUUGUCGAAUAAAGUUCAAUAUUUUGAAUACCGAAAUAUAAACAAAGGCUUUGUUUAUACAUACGGACUACUACCGGUACCCUACCUUUAAAUUUACAUGCAGUUAUAAUUUCUGCAUGAUAUUAUAUGUUUGUUUUCUUUUAAAUCUCUGAUCUUUUUUGAAAUUAUAGUUACUGUUUGCUAGCUAGUAUGCUUGAUUUUGACUUUUGUCUAAAUCAGGGUUUAUAUACACUUUUUAAUCUUUAUGGCCCUCAACUAAAUAACAAUAUCAGGUAUACUGUAAUAUUCUUGAAAAUAUUACAGUAAAGAUGAUUUCCACUCCGUUCUGCACAUCAGUUCUGCCCAUAACAAUUAAAUGGAGACCCCCAUAUCACAGAACUGAGAAGGUAUAGCAGAAGCGUACGUAACUCAAGCAAGUAUUUGUCCGCGUUUUUACAAGCGAUUCGUUAUCAAUCAGACAAUCACGCCAUCCUGGCUAGUAAAACCGGCACUUUGCAUUUGUACCUAGCAAAACCUGAUAAAAACUUCCGGUUGUACUAGCCAAGAUGGCGUGAUCGAGCGAGUUAAAAUUUUCGUGGACGUAAAACAAUAAGGGAACCGUCUUGUGCCCAUAUAUAACUAGAGUUUAACUAUUCUGCGGGCAGAAAAAUGCGGGCUGCGGGCAGAAAAAUGCGGGCUGCGGGCAGAAAAAUGCGGGCUGCGGGCUAACACGAUUGCGAGCCGCGGGUCUAGUUGCGGGCCUGACGAAUUUUUGCUGCCGAAGGCAGCACACUAUUCUUAACCUGAAGUAUUGCGUUUACGUGUGUCCAGUCUCUUUGGCCGAGUUAUGUAUAGCCGAACGAGAACUCGAUUUUGUUGACGGAUGUACGGAUUUUCAGAUUUAUGACGUUUUUUGACGUAACAGAAAUUUAAAAAAAUAACAUACUCCAGAUAGCGAUUUGACUUUCCGAAACCCUGGUUGAGACUCACGAACACCACCAUGAACGUAAUUGUAAUCAAUUUGUAAACAUGUGCCUCGUUGCCUGUUGUAAAUAGACCUUUCCCCUUUUAAGUGAAAUUUUGAUCUAGACAAGUCUGUACAAAAAUUUCAUCACAGCUUGAAAGAGCAUAGCAAAAUUAGUAAUAUUCCGAAGUUUCGUUGCAAAAUGUUGUAAAAUGCGGAUACUAUAGCCUUGCGAAGUUUGCCGUUUUUCAGUCAUUAUGCAUUACAAACGGGAAAAUGAUAAUCAGAUGAUCAAACUGUUCGGCGAAAGGUUAUGCACUUAUGCCUUAGACCUUAGUUGGUAUUAAUACAUUGACAUUGUUUACAUUGUUCGGGAAAAUUGUGUGAAAUAUGGUUAACUUCUAAAGAUCGUAAAUCGCUAUAAUGUUCAUGUUGACAUUUUACUAAAACCAUCCAUAGGAAUUGUUUCACUGAAUUGAACGGUGGUAUUUUCAUCCACAUAGCAUGCACUGAACCAAAGAUAUAUGAACCUCCAAAGUAAACCGUCCGAUGAUAUGAUAUGUCCAUAUCGAUCUGCUUUAAUUAUGCGCAAGCGAAAGAGUAUGCCAGAGCCUUUAACUACAAAAUUUCAUAAACCAACGACUCUUUCGUAUGCCUUUAAAUUAACUACAAAAUUCCAUAAACCAGUGGUUAGCUGCGCAUGCGCAGGCUAACCACAAAAAUUAGUUAGGCCAGCAAUUUGGCCCGCGGCCCGCAAUUGUUUUAACCCGCCCGCAUUUUUCUGCCCGCAGCCCGCAAAAUAGCUAGACCCAUAACUAACAUUGCCUAAAUUUUUAUCUUUCAAACUUUUUUGAAUUGAAACGUAGAGUUUAUAUUCAUUUACAAGCAUAUAGAAAACCAGAAAAGUGUUAGAUAUUCAAUGUUUGCACAUUCGCACACGAAAGAACAUCAUCUUUAAUUUAUAUACCUACUGUAUAUACCUUAGAUGUCUGUAUACAAUAAUUUGUAAGCAUAUUGAUGUCAUAUGUGAAUAGUCAUAAUAACUUGUUGAGCAGAGUGACCUACAGGGGAGGCGGAACAUAUUUUAUUUUGGAGGGGCUCUAAAUUUUAAAAAAGUGUACCGUAGUUUUUGACUAACAGCCAUUUCACCGUGACUCACAUGACCAAGUCACAAAAUUUUAGGAUUUAAAUGCAUGUUUCUGCCACAUCUAAUUUAGCAGAACCCAAACUCACUUCAGGCAAGAAACCCCGUAGGGAGAUAUUCAAGAUGAUUUGUUUAAUUUCUGAUAAUUAUACUCACAGCCAGGCUCGUGACUCACGUGACAGCCAGAAAAGAAAAAAUUAUCUAUUUUCCUGGCAACUUAAUAAUUUUAUAUUUUUCUAACUUUCAUAAAAAGUAUACUGGGACAUGACACUAUGACUCUCAAUUGAUUUUUUUUGAAAAUCAUCUUUUGUUUAACAAAUAAUCUUACAAAUGCAGCGUGACGCAGUGCCUUUUUUAACUAUAUAUCUGGGGGGGGGGGAAAUUUCCCCCGAGGGAAAGAAUUUGCCUCCCCCCCCCAUUUCUGCCCCCGAAGUGCGAAGCAGAAUUGCUCAUGAUUGCUGUUAGAAUAGCCUCCUCCACAGCCAUCCUGUGUGUAAUUCAUAUCGUUCUUCACCGAGUAUUUCAUAAUAGCGAUAGAUUUCAUGCAAACAAUCCGAUAAAAUGCUGGUUCCAAGAAUAAUAGAUUUAGAUUUUUAACUGUUAAAUACAUGUAUGUAUCAUCAUAGCAUGAAUAUUUCUUCUCAGAUUUAUUCUGUAUCGUAUGAAAAAGCAAAAUGAAAAUGGUGUCUCAUAGAACCUAAAAUGAUUUAAAUGCCACAUUUCUGAUCAAAAUCACAUUGGGAUUUUCUCUCCCACUGACCCCUCCUCCUAUUUUGACACUGACCCCUCCUCCUAUUUUUCAAGGUGACUUUUCCAAUUUAUUUAAUUCCGAGUAGAAAUGUCUGGAAAAAUUCAUGUCUUCGAUGUACUUUAUAAUUUUCGGAAUUCUGCUAGAUUUCACUCCCAAAAUGCUUGAAAUCGCAAUAGACCUUUCCCCUUAUAACCAAAAUUUUGAUUUAGGCAAGUGUAGACAAAUAUUUCAUCACAGCUUGAAAGAGCAUCACAAAAUUAGUAAUAUUCCAAAGUUUCGUUGCGAAAUGUUGUAAAAUGGGGAAAAUAGAGCCUUGCGAAGUUUGCAAUUUUCAGUCAUUUUAGAUUACAAACGGGAAAUUGCAGCUCCAACACCCGAAUCGGAUGUCAAUUACCCGUUUGUAAUACAAAAUGACUGAAAAACGGCAAACUUCGCAAGGCUAUAUUAUCCGCAUUUUACAAGAUUUUGCAACAAAACUUUGGAAUAUUACUAAUUUUGUGAUGCUCUUUCAAACUGUGAUGAAAUUUUUGUCUAGAUCGAAAUUUUAGUUAUAAGGGGAAAGGUCCAUUCAGGGACCUUAGAUUUCAAAAUUUUCCAGGGGGUGCAUGCCUCCGGACCUUCCAUCAUUAUGGAUGAUUCCAACUAUAGACAAAAUUUUGAUCAAGACAAGAAGAACGAAGCAUUACCAUAGCUGGAAAGAUCAGCAUCUUUAAAACAGUGAGCUCUAUAUAUAUAUCUGGAGUAGGAACUUCUAAUGUUUUGGCAAUAGGCCAAGUGAAGCCAAAAAAAAUCCAAGAUGGCGGCCAUUGACGUCCAAUAGCUCUGAAGGUCGUAAACAGUUUUUAUACCAUUUUCCCAAGCUAAUUCCAGUUUUUUCUAAUGGACCAUAUCACUAAUCAAGUUUUCAGUUCAUAAAAUCACAAUAUUAUUCUUUAAAUCGAAGUCAAAAUACGAAAUUUCAACACACUCCUUGCCAAGAUGGCGGAAAUUGAAGGAGCUGUUGGACGUCAGUUCCAGUCCCUUUCUAUUGUUUUUGUAUGCGCGGUUAACACGAAACUGGCUUCACUUUGAGCAACCAAGUUCCUACUCCAGAUAUAUAUGGAGCUCACUGCUUUAAAAUGAGUAAAAUUGCAAAAUUUGGUUGCGAAUUGUUUUUUUUUGUUUUUUUUUUAUUUGCUGAUUCGCCCAAGAUAUUGAAAUUUAUAAACAUAAAAGAAAUAAACUAUUUACAAGAGAUGGGCUAUGAGCCUACUAGAAAUCAUAUGGCUUUUGUUUUAGGCCCCAGGUUAUAAAUUUAAACUAAUUAGCAAAAUAAUAUGCCGCAUCAGUUCGAGUGCUUUUAGGAGAAAGGAAAAAGAAUAGUUAAAUAUUAUAUAUGAUAUGAUAGUGAGCUAUAUUUACAAUUCAAUUAUUGAUUUAUAGUUUUCCUAUACUUACAGGAAUAUGGUAUUCUAUUAAAUUUAGAUCUGAUAAGUAAUUUUCAUUAUUGUCUUGAAGGAGUCGUGAGACUUAGCAGGUUCUUUAUAUUGAGUGGGAAGAUUAUUCCACACUUUUAUACCUUUAUCAGAGAGAGUGUGUGUUGUGUAAUUGCAGGUUCUAUUGCUCUUUUUGUGUAGCAAUGACGAAUUUCUUGUGUUAUGAUUAUGAAUUUCCUUGGUAAAUUUUUCAGAUGGAAAUAUCGGGACAUAAACAUACUUGUUAAAUAAUAAUUUAUUUUGUAUAAACUGAGAAUUUUUAGGUGAUGAAAGAUUGGCUCAGAAUAUUCAAAAUAAGAUUUAAAAGUAAUUAAUCUGACAAUCUUUUUUAUCGAUUCAUUGUUGAUUGAAAUUUUUAUAUCAUCUUUAAGUUUCUUAUUUUUUGAUCUAAAAAGAAUAAAUUUCGUUUUCUCUGUGUUAAUAGAUAGUUUAUUAGCAUUCAACCAGUCAGUAAUUUUAUUCAUUUCAAUUUGAAUAAUUUCGUUCAACUGUUUAAGACAUGUAUGACUAAAAAGAAUGUUUGUGUCAUCCGCAAUAAUACAAUUGAAAUAAAUUCGCUGCAAAAUUGAAUAUUAUUUAUAUAUAGCAGAAACAAUAAUGGACCAAAUACUGAUCCCUGUGGUACACCGCUUUUAAUAGUCAUUACCUCCGAUUGUACAUCAUUAUAUUUAACAAUUUGUUUUCUAUUGCCCAGAUAAUUUUCAAACCAUUUUUUGGCCACUCCUCUUAUGCCAUAAUGCUCUAGUUUUUUUGUCAGAAUCCUGUGAUUAAUUGUAUCAAAUGCCUUUGACAAAUCAAGGAAAAUACCAACAAAGUAUUUCCCUUCGUCAAAUGCUUUGGUAAUUUUGUCUACAAAGCCAAUUAUUGCAUGUUCCAAUCUAUUUUUUCUGAAUCCAUACUGAUGUUUUAAUAAUAUGUUGUUUUUAUCAAUGAAUUUUGAUAGUCUGUUGAUCAUAAGUCUUUCCAGUAAUUUAGAAAAGCAAACAAGAACCGAUAUUGGUCGGUAAUUUUGAAACUUCAUUGCAUCAUUACCCUUAAAAAUUGGUGUAAUCAUUGCAACUUUUAAAUUAUCUGGAAUAAUUCCAGUCGAAAGUGUUAGGUUAAAAACAUGUGUUAAUGGCUUAGAGAUUUCUUUAACUGACAAUUUGGCAAUGUUUGUAUGAAUACCAUCGUAUCCACAACUUUUUUUGACUUCAUACUUUUCAGUUCUAUUUCAAGUUCAUUUUCUGUGAUAGGAUUAAGAAAGAAACUGGACUGAUAAUUACCUUUGAGAUAUUUCUCAAAACAGUUAUUGUUAUUACGUUUGAUCUUAUUUGCCAAAUUAGGACCAAUAUUAAUGAAAUAGUCAUUGAAAUUGUCAGUUAUGGUUUUGGGGUCAUCUGUUAUAUUUGAUGAGCAGUUUUCAACAAAAGGGUUUUUAUAAUUGUUGUAAAAUAAGGAAAUAUAGCCCUGUGAAGUUCGCAAAUUUUGUAUAUACUGUAUUUGCAUUACGCACGGGAAAAAUAACCAUUUUUGAGCCGAAAGUGGUUAUUUUACCGCGCGUAAUACAAAUAUAUACAACAUUUGCGAACUUCACAGGGCUAUAUUUUCUUCAUUUUACAACAUUCAGCAACCAAUCUUUGCAGUUUUACUCAUUCUAAGACGCUCUUUCUAGCUGUGGUGUUGGAUUUCGUUCUUCUUGCCUUGAUCAAAAUUUAGUCUAUAGCUGCAAUCACCCAUUAGGAAGUCUGAAACUUCUUCACUUAACUUUUAUUUGUCCCAUUUCCUAAAUAACCACAAAGGCCAAUACUCUGACUUUGUAGUAUUUACUGUAUAGAUCAAAGAUAUGUACUCAGGGUGAAAGAAAAUCAAUUUACAUUCACUUGAUCACAAAAUAGGAUUUCUUUUUUGAAUUUCAGCUGGCGAGCUGUAACAGUGAAGGCUUUGUAGUUUGUGUAAAUGGUCUCGCAUUCUGGCAUUCUUCAUGUUUUUUUUUUUUUUUUUUUUUUUGGGGGGGGGCUAAGCCCCCCACUUUUACUUCUGAGGGAGAGGGGGGCUAAAGCCCCCUAGCCCCCUGUUCCACCGCCACUGGUGACCUAGACUAGCUGGUUUAAGAUGCCAAAAAAUUAUGCAUUCUCUUUUAUAUAUUGUAGAUGCAUGAAAGAAAAUCCAACACCAGCAGAGCCAAACCGGGAGAAAACACCAGACCAAGAGCCUGCAGGUAACAUUUUUACAAUUUGGUUAUUGUGACUACUUAUAUUACGUUUUUGACCAUCUUUAAAUCCCUAUAGGUUGUGUGGCUCUUGCUCAUUACACUCCUACAAUACAUCAAUAUUUUAUAGAUCAGCUAGGCAGCAGAUUAAAUAGACUGGUAUAUAACAUAUUUGCUGCCGAAGGCAGCCUCCUAUUCUUGACACUCUGCAUUCACUUGCCCCAGUCUUUCGUCCGAGUUAUGUACUGUCAAAAUCUUGAUUUGAUUUCGAGAGGAUCAUCUGUCCAAAAUAUUCGAUUAUUCGGGGGAAUAUAUUAUGCUCAAAAGAUGUUUGUAAAUUUUGAGGGGGAGGUGAACAAUUUGAAACUUUAAGAUUUCAGUAUGUUGGAUUUUCAUAAUCAGAAUCAUCAUUCAGAUGCAAAUGAUCGACAAAUAUAUUUUGAAUAAUUCAGAUAAGGAUGGCUUUAUUUCUUUCUGGUGGUAUACAUGAAGGCAUUUGUAUUUAGAUCUGCUUUUUUAGUGUUCGAUAUAGAAGUAUUGAAACAAUAUGAUUACAUGAAUCUAUCAGCAGUUUAUUAAAAAGCUAGCUCACUGAUCGACACUUUUUACAAUAUACAAGAAGUCAAAGUAUACUUAUUUGUGUGGCGAUGUGACUAUAAGGCGAUGAGUUUAUAGUGUUCAUUCUAGAUGUUUAUAGCAAUAUGCUUUCAGCACCGUUUAAAAACAAACGCGGAAUGUUGUGUAUGCAGUCACCCAGUGCACUCGGGCUUAAUAAGAUUCCUAUAGCAACCCAGUGUGGAUUGUAUUACGACUUUUGUACAAGGUCUGUUUAUAUCUCUGAGAUAUGUCCAUUGUUAGCAUAAUAUGAAAUAAUCCUACCCGGGCUAUAUUGUCACUAUAUUUCAGGGUAUACAAUAUUUUUUGAUAAUGCUCACAAUUUCUUUCUUAUUAUUAUAUAGUUUUGCAGUUCUUACUGAGUACAAUCUUAAUAUUCAUUACAUUGAAUGGUGUCAUCUGAAGCGGAAUUAAACAAAAAUGUCAACAAAUAACAGAUUAUUCAGUUGUUCUGCAAUAGGGGUGCCUUGAAGGUGCCAUUCCAGACUGUAAAGUUUGGCCUGUGCGCGCGGGGAACGCGUUUCCCGCGCAGAAAUUUUAGCUGAAUUUCUGUCCACGCAUUUUCAAUCCUACAAAAUCUGCAUAUUUUUGAUGAACUAAUGAUUUAUUUUGUUUCUUAUGUGUUGGGCCUUGCGAAAAAAGACAGAGAAAACUCUGAAAAUGCCAUUCCAGACGAUCUAGAGACUCCAAAUUUUCGAAAUUUUCUCAAGUGUUCUGCCUUCAUUUCCGCGCAACUGCCAUUUACGACGGAAAAGUUCCCCUCGCAAAAAUAAUACUUUACAGUCUGGGUGCCAUUAAAAUGAUAACUGGGACAAAAAAUUACUUAGUAUUUCUAUAUAUGAUAUUUUGCAGUAUUCAGUGACAAGGUAGCCAUGGCAACUGGUCAUAAUGCAAAUCAUGUAAAAACUUGCAACAAAGUCAAAGGUCAGCUAAAUAUUCUAAUUCUACUUUCUUGGCAUAUGGGCGGUUUUAUAAGAAUACCUUCAAUGCUUAUAAUUUCUUGAUAAUUUCUGUAUGUACAAUUAUAAUACUGUCAGUGGCAAUUUAAAGCUAGCCUGCGUGGCAGUCUCACACAGGCUAUGGCAAAGCUAGCCAUAGCAACAGGUCAUGCCAUAUGUAAAGUGCAAUUUUAAUAUCAAGCACCUUGCAAUUUCCUACCUCCUGAACAGAUGUCUUAGGGGCUGUUUACAUGAUGGAAGAUUUACAUUGGUGGAUGAUUUUGAUGUGUUGAAAUAAGUCACUAGGCUAAACAGUCUAUCUCUAGAAAAUAAUGUGGUUUUUUGCUCAAUCGUGCACCUUGAGUUAUUUCAAUACAUCAAAAUGAUCCCGCCUCACAUCUGAUCUUGUACUGCCAAAGUGGGAUGAUAUAAACAGCCCCUUAUCACGGAAUAAAGACACACAGAAGGUUGACUUAGCCAAAAAUGUUUAACCGCUGCCACACCAUGAUUCGUCAUUUAAAAAUGCUGACGCCAUGGUCCUAGCCAGUGCGCUUAUGUGAGGCAUCCCCCCCUGGACGUCUGCCAUUUUGAAUAUUAUCAGGGAGUGAAUGCCUCUCAUAACGUUUUACGGUUACGCCCAAAUCAUAGGGGAACCAAGAAGUCGGGCGUCUGUUAGUCUCUAUUCUGUGCCCUUAUUCAGCAAAUUGCAUGCACAUGCUGCCUUUGAUUCCUUGGGGGUGAGGCAGCACUCUUGCGAUAGAAACUUCUAGUUGUUAUCAUUAUUCCAGCCAUUGCACCAACCUCGUUCCCAGGCUCUUCCCUAUUUUCUUUUUUUUUCUUUUUCUUUUCUUUUUUUUUCUUUUUUCCUCAACAAGAGGGACGAGCCUGGGAACGAGGUUGCCAUUGAACCCCCCUCCCACACGCACACACACACACACACACACACACACACACUGUCACACACUGUCACACACACACACACACACACAUGGUUUUGACUGAAUUUCAAUGUUUUGCCAGAAUAGGUCUAAAUGGAGAUCAUUGGGGGAGGGGGGGGGCCUCCCCUGCCCCAAUUGCAUGACUAUAUCUGACUGCAUAAUUAUUUAAUUAGAGGGUUGGUAUGCAUGUUGCUCAUCAGGUUUUUAUUGUGGCCGCUUAAUGAAAACAUUGCUAUGUCACUUUUGGAAUUGCAUUAUUGUUUGCAUGCCUCCUUUUCCAUGUUGCUGUCACAAUCUAGACAGAGUUUGUAUCCAAUGUCGCUAUUUCAUUUUUUAUGUCACCUUUCACGGCAAUGUUGUCUGCAACCUAAUGUGCCCAGGAUUUGCUCUGUAGAAACUGGGGCUGCAAUAAAACCCUGUGUAUGAGAUUGAGUUGCAUGUUGGAAUUUACCCAGGAUGACAGUGACAGGGUCUUUAACUAUAGCUUUUCCUUGUCUGAUGAUUCACACACUAUCUGAAGCACUAUGAUUUGAUGUCUUUGUAGGAAGAUCAUUUGGUCAAGAACGGCCGCCAUUAACAGAUCUUCUGAAGAAUAUUUUGCUGAGAUAUCCUGAUGGUGGUCAAAUAUUAAAAGUAAGUUUUAUAAUUGGCUUUAAUAGUACAAAAUAUUUGGUUUAACUCUUAUAAUUUCUAUUUUUCAAUAGCAUGAACACUCUUUCAGAUUGAGAUAAAAGCAAUUGGUUGUAAUAGAGUACAUAUAUCGUAACUGCAUCACAAAUGUAAUUUAUGCUGUUUAUAUUCUUCAGACAUGCAUAAUAUUUGGUUAGAAAAUUAUAAUUGUAAAUGAGCAGGAUUUUGUAUCACUGAACACAAGUUCCUUCGUGGUCUGUGAUUACUUUAUGUUUCUAAUUUAUUUAUUAAUUGUUUAUGAGAGAAUGAGAGAAUAAGAUAAACCGACAUGAAUUUUUGAGUUUUUUUAAAAAGUAUUUAAACUAACUCUUUGACUUUUAGGAAGCUCAGACACAGUUAGUAGAUCUUUUGUGUUUUUCUCAUGAAUCUGGAAGAGAACUAAAUAAUCAAAUGAAAAUAAACCUGCAUGAUUCAAACCUUCAACGAGUUAUGUUACAUAUAUUAUCCACAUGAGUAUAUGUAAUCAGUGAACUGAAUAGAUCAUUUUAUAAAGUGCUUAGUCAUUGGAGCCAGAACAAUUAUUAUAGUAACUGUGCAAUGUGAGUUGUGCAAUGUGAGUUGUCUUAAAGGUGAAAAUUUAAAUGUUGAGCUUUUGCUAAUUUUUAUUUUCUCAAUUUCACUAGGAAUUAAUUCAAAAUGCAGAUGACGCCGGGGCAAAUGAAGUUAAGGUCUUAUUUGAUGCUACAUCUUAUGGAACCGCUUCAUUGGUUUCUUCCAAGUUGGCCUUAUUUCAAGGCCCAGCUCUGUACUUUUACAACAACGCAGAGUUCACGGAGGAGGACUGGGAAGGACUACAACGUCUUAUGAGAAGUAAUAAGGAAAAUAACCCAUUGAAAGUUGGCCGCUUUGGAAUUGGAUUUAAUUCUGUUUAUCACAUCACAGGUAUGUGUAUUGCUUUGCUGGGUUACAUCCUUCGCAUUAAAACCGUGGGAUCAUGGCUGUAAAAUUGAAACAGUGAUAGCCAUUCAUUUCUGUGUCAAGUAUCUUUUUAAGGGGCCGACCAUUUAACUUUUGAGGGGAGGGGGGGGGAUUUACUGCUGGCAGGGAAUUUUUUUCUGGGAUCGUUAUAUGCAAGAUUUUUUUUCCUAUCCCAUCACCAUGUACGAUUUUUUUGCCACUCUCUCUUUUGCAGCAUUUUUUUUCAAUAGCUUAUACUAUUUAGAUUCUUUAAUUACAGUUAACGUUGAGUUUACUAGCUUGAUGCAUUGAUUUUAAUAAUACAUAUUGCUAUGAGGUAUAACAUUUGGUUCAGGGCCUCUUUUAAGGAUGUGUAACUGGAGGGGACAUAUUUAGCGGGGGACCUGGAGAAGUUCCAGUCGGCAAGUCUGUAUCGGCCUGUAUCACUGCAGCUACCAGCAUAUAUAUGCAUGGUUUAACUAAUAAGUAUACGUCAUAGGGCAGCAAAUCAGGCCAUAACUAGGAGUCUGAGACAACCAAGUCGACAACCGAAGGUGCGAGCCUCUAGAGAGGUCUGGAGGCAUGCCCCCCCCCCAUUUUGAGGAGUUUUCCAACAAGAAAUUAACCUUACACUAGUCCCUGAAAAUCAAACCGGCUGAUCUUCUGGGACUGGUCAAAUCAAUCCCUGCAACCUUGCUGUUUUGCAACAUUUUUUCUCCCACCAAAUACUGGGGCAGGAUAUUUUUUCCCCCAGUUUGUUAGUGCAGGUAUUUUUUUUGUUCAGAAUAGCCUUGCGGGAAAUUUUUUUUCAAAAUCCCCCCCCCCCCUCCUCAAAAGUUCAAUGGUCGGCCCCUAAUGCAAUGUUUUGAAAGAAAGUUUGUUGUAAUGUAAUGAUGAUGGGCAAAAUUGGUGAGUCGAAUAGUCGAAAUUCAUAAAAUUUAAUACACCCUGUCUGAUAUGCAUGUACUGUAUACAUGCAUACUCCACCUGGUUGACUCCACGAGGCUACAUUCUAACGGUGUGGCCAGAUAUUUUGCAAGGCAAUUACUAAAUAAGCAUGCAAAAAAUUACCAAAACGUAGAAAAAAUUACUAAAUUUCUGCUGUCAACCAAAGUGGUCUGAAAAUCAAUAAAACAUCUCAGCAAAACAAAAUCAGAAAAACGUUUUCCAUCACUGAAACUAUGUUUUUUUCCAUGUUUUUCUUUCUCACUUGUAUUUUCUAAGCCCUAAUAAUUUAAUCGGGCCUGUGAGCUAGACCGCUGUACCCGCUGAUCACGAUACGUACCAGCAAAGCGAAAUCAUGUAAACAGCCCCAAAGAUAUAAAUAGAUAUACAAUUGUGGAGCAAUGAUCAUAGGACAGACCCUGGGAACGAGGUUGUGAUCAUAGGUGUAUGGGGCUAAUGGAGUUGAAAUUUUGCCCGAAUUUUUAUGGAAGAUUGUAAUGAAAUAGCCUGAAUUUAACACAUAGUUCCUGAUAAACCUGUUCGAAUUUUAUUGAUUUUUCCUAGCAUUUGCCUGAAUUUCCAUGAUUUUCUGAAGUUUAUUGGGGGCAGUUGCCCCCUGUCUCGUAUGCCUAUGUCAAUGGUAAUGAAGUUCGCUCUAUUUUCGAUGUGUUGUUGUAUUGCGUGAAAACUGGUUAACCGAUUUCAUAUAACUUGUGAGUACAAAAUGAGCUGAAUAUUUGAGGCAAUUGUCGAGAUCUCUGUAUAUAAAAUAAUUUCGCCUCGGAUUUCGCUAUAAUUUAACCCAGGAUUUAAACCCAUGCUCUUUUUCUAAAUAUUUAUAGACUUACCAAGUAUUGUGAGUGGCAACACGGUUGCGUUCUUAGACCCACAUGAGAAAUAUUUUGCUCGUGGUGAACCAGGCCAAGCGUUUUCUACGAAAGACCCUUUACUGACUGAGAACUUCGACCAGUUUGAGCCGUUUCACCAGAUGUUCGGCUGCAAUCUUGACCAGGGAAACCAUUAUAGUGGGACACUCUUUCGGUUUCCGUUGAGAACUCGCGAGUCAAAGUUAUCGAACAAAAUCUACACGAGAGAUAUGGCCAAUACUCUGUUUGAUUCGUUUAAAAAUGAAGCAAGUGCGAUUCUCCUUUUUUUGAAAAACGUCGACUCCAUCAGAUUGUACAAGCGAGAACAACGAGGAACACUUUCUUGUCUCUAUACGGCCCGAGUAUCUGACAAGUCAAAGAUUGAGGUCAGGAAGAGGAGACAAGAAUUAAUCGCGGACAUCACGGUCGAGUGGGACUUUGCCGUGAAAACAACCUUUUAUCGUUUGGAAAUCGAGGAGAUAUCUCCAGAAAAACUUCCGGAAAAGAACGAGUGGUUCGUAGCUAAUCAAGUUGGCACCAAUGAAAAGAAGCUAGUCGAGUUGGCCUGGGAUUUAAAGUUGUUACCUUGGAUCGGCAUCGCAUUUCCCGUGGAUGCUAAUAACAGCAUGUCUUCGUUAGGGAGGAUUUUCUGUUUUCUUCCACUCCCUCCUGACUGUCGAACAGGAUUGCCUGUUCAAGUGAAUGGCUAUUUUGGAUUGACUGACAACAGAAGAGCUUUAAAGUGGCCUGGUCCCGACUGCCAGAAUGACGACACGGCCCAGUGGAAUCAACUUCUCUUGGAAAAGGUCGGAAGUCAAGUUUACGCCAAUUUGAUCGUAAAUAUGGUACGAGAAAGUUCUAGCAACAAUUUCCCGCCAGAGUCGCUCGCUAAGUUAGUGUACAGUGCUGUGCCAGUCCACAGCAAUGUCAGAGAAGAAUGGAGAUGUAUCCUGCAGUCGUUUUUUAAAACAGCCUUAGCAAAGGAAAUAUUUUUGACAACUGCCGGAGGUAAUUCGCGUUGGAUCAGCCUUGGAGAAGCUAUUAUCGAUCGCCUGGACGGGACCAAAGGCAUGAGAGAAGAAGUCAAAAAAGUUGUCCUACAUACGUUGCUGAGCGCAGGCCAGCCAAUUGUUUCAUUACCAGGACACGUUAUACAAGUUGUUGAUCAAUAUCAUCAGAUAUCUGGUUGGAAAGCCCUUCAGGAAGUAACCCCAGCGCUGUUGUGUAACGUUUUGCGCUCUGAUUUCGAUUUUCAUAAGUUGCCAAUGGAUUUCCAAGAUCGAUUGUUCGUGUUGGAGUAUGCCCUGCAGAAUGUCCCUGGAAGUAUUCCUAGUCUUUACGACGUUCCUCUACUUCCAUUAGAAAAUCGCCAGUUCAUAAAGUUCUCGUUUCCAUCCGUUGAAACGAUUUUCAUUCCGUCUGAGAAGCACAGUGCCGAUCUCUUGCCCAAUAUGAAGCAUCGUCUUCUCUAUCGUAACCUCCCUCUACAAGUACAACAGAAAUUGUACGAGCUUGGUUCUUCCAAAGCCACACAGUUGCAUCACCCUACAGCUAGUGAUAUCAAGCAACUACUCUGGCAAAACCUCCCCAAUGAUUGGUCCUGCAACUACCUCCCGCAGCUGGAAACCGUCAACUGGAAUCCAGAUAAAGAGGAACAUCCUUCUUUGGCCUGGUUAGAAUUAGUAUGGAAGUGGAUCAAUGAGAAUUACCCAAGUAACCUUGGCGAGUUUGGAGGAAUGCCGCUUAUUCCUGUGUCCAUGAAAACACCCUCCUCUAUGGCUAGACUUCGCCAGAAUUCCACCGUCAUCGUCAGUCAGCACCUACUGUGUAAUAAUGAUACACUUUCAGACGUUGUUCGUGAACUUUUGAUCAGGUCGGGGUGUGUUGUGAUAAAAAAACUAGCCUCCUUUAUAAAGCACGACCAACUAUUUCACUAUAUUGCUCUACCAAAUCCGUCUGGUAUUCUAAGCGUUCUUUUUGUCGCAAGAGAAAAAGUCGUUCAACAACUCACGGUGGCAUCAAACAAAGUCAAACAGGAACUUUGCUGCAUUCUGUCGAGGCUAGACCGAGAUAGUUUGGCUUCUAAGAGAUCAUUCAUUUGUACGUUGCCAAUCUUUGAAGCGGUCGACGGAAGCCACUUUCUUUCCUGCCAAACAGAUCGGGGUGAGCAGCGUCUUGUUGCACCACGAAACCUCUUGUUACCUCCAGAAAUCCGAAUUGUUGACCGAACGAAUAUCCUAACCUCUUCAAAAGAUGAAAGCUAUCGUUUGUUGAAAACACUUGGUAUGAGAAUCGAAAGCACAGCUAGUUUGAUCAGGAUUCAUUUAGAAAAUUUCUUAAACUCUGGGAUCAGGAACGCCGAGAAAGACAAGCUCAUGCUCUGGAUUUUGGAAAAAAUGGACAUUUUAAAUCACGAAAUGCCUGAAUUCGUAGAGUUUAUCCGUCAACUGCCUUGUAUUGCAACUGCUAGCGGCAAACGCAUAGCACCGAACAAACUGUUUGAUCAUUCUGACAGUCUUUUAACUCGGUUGUUGGAAGGCAACAACGAGGCUUUUCCAACAAACGAGUUUUCAGAGCCAAUACGAAGACGUAAAAAUGAGCUGACUGUUCGGCGUAGAGAAAACCUGACCGCUCAAGAUGUUCUGCUUAUUGUAAACCGAACGUCCGAGCUUAGUUCGGACCGAGGUAUGGCUCUUGUGGAACUUAUGAAUCUGCGACCACAGUUACUGAGUGAAUACACUACAGAUGGAAGCUUAUCACUUAGCUUGUUGAGUAGUGUACUACGUGAGUUGCCGUGGUUACCAAGAGUACAAGAUCGUCCUGCAAACUAUCCAGAUUUCAUGCCGUGGUAUGAUGGAAUGAACCUAUGUAAACCGAGCAGCAUGCACCCUGACUUGCAAGCACUCCUAGUUGGUGCGUCAGUACCUGUUUUUAGUGAUAGAUUGAUUUCACGUGAAGUUCAAGGUACGUAUAACGAGUUAAAAAUUGUUCAUUCUACUUCACGAGUACAAGCCGUGUUAACUGGAGAUCUUUGAUUAGAAAAAUAUCUUUUCUGUUGUUCAAAUAUGCACGUUCAUUAUAAAGGAGUGGAAAUGACAUUUUAAUCAAUUGUAAAUGUGUUUUAAAGUUAGAGAGAUGCUAACCCGAAUUUAAGGUUGUGAAUAGAUAUAAUAUGUUUUUACCAAUUGAGAAGUCCGUACUGGAAAAGUGGUUCAAAUCAAAGGUCCAUAGACGCUUCUGAAACCGAGAGAAAAUAUUUUUCCGUGCAGUAUGGACUUGGCGAAAUGAUAAGUAACGUAUUUAUUUUUUGGCUUCAUCAAAACUAGAGUUUUAUCCUAAAACAUUCCAGUAUUACAAAAUAUAGAUGAGAUUAGUAGUGUUGCGUAAUCUUUUAACAUGAUUGACAAAAACAUAUUCUAUUAAACAGUACACGUUCCAGCCGUAAAACAGAAUAGUAUUUCUGAAAACAGAAUAGUUCCCAUUUGAUCGAAACAUUUUAAUUAAUUAAAGUGAAUGUGAUUUUGUUUGAAGUCAAUCAACGCUUUUCCACUCAACUACAAAAUAAAGAAUUUAUGCUAAUUAAACGUUUGAGUUUUCUGUCUGGUCGUUUUGCAAAAACGAUAGCUUGAAAAUGUUCUUUUAACACGCAUCCUCAACCUUGUCUUAAUACUUGUCUAGAAAAUUGUCUUAAAACUAGAGUUUCGGACAGAACUAGUAAGAACCAAAAGUGUUUCUAUUUUUACCAGAUUUGCUUGGUAUGUCUUUGACACGCGUAUUAGACAAAGAAGUCAUUGAACAGUUACACUUGGCCGUUGUCUCUUGGGCAAACCAAACGACUACACCGUUGAUCUUUCCGAAAUUUGAAGAAAUGGUUAAGGGUAUUUACGUGUAUCUUUCCAGAGUACCCAAAGAUACUGUACAGCAUUUGUUACAAUCCAAAGGUUUAACCCAGUGGAUAUGGCAAGGAAGUGGUUUUACCUCACCAGAAAAAGUUGCUUUAGAGUCACACUUUCCAAAGAGUAUCAACAUUCAUUCAUAUUUGUUCCGUCUUCCAAACGAACUAUUCAAAGUGAAAGAGUUUCUGCUAUCCCACGGAGUAAAGACACAAUUUACAGUAGAUGACUUGCUGGAUAUGCUGCGGAAUAUAAAGGCAAAGCAUGAUAAUGAAAAACGACCGCUUGAAGACGUGAUGCAAGAUUUAGAUCAAUGUCGUGCAGUGUUGGAGUGGAUUGUGAGAAGCGAUGGCGAGCUAUCUGAAGAACGCCGCUGUAAACUUCUCAUUCCCGUUCAGACCAAGUCCGAUAAGCUGCAACUCGAACCAUGCAACACGUGUACCUACUGUGAUCGGGAAUUCUUACGACGGGGGGUCUCUGAACAUGAGAUCUCUAUUCAGUCUCAUUUAAUUCAUAAAGCAAUUCCUGAUGAUUUGGCUAGCCGUCUGCAGGUCCCGCGUCUCUCAAGGCGUCUAGCAAGAGCCAAAGGGGUUGGUAUUAAAUUCAAAGAAGCAGGCCAGUAUGAGCCACUGACCACGCGGUUACGUAACAUCCUACAGCAGUACAAAAAAGGAGUAGCGAUUUUCAAGGAGAUUAUUCAAAACGCAGAUGACGCUCGCGCUUCCAAAGUGGGCUUUGUCGUUGACUGGCGGGAGAAUCCCCGAAAAAAAAUGUUUACUGAAGAACUAGCUAAAUGCCAGGGUCCUGCUCUUUGGGCUUAUAAUGACGCCAUGUUCUCUGAGGACGACUUUAAGAAUAUCAAUAAGCUUGCUGGUGAAACGAAAAAGAACGACUUGGACAAGGUGGGUCGUUUUGGUCUUGGCUUCAACUCUGUCUACCACCUCACUGAUGUCCCGAGUUUUGUAAGUGGUGAGCACCUGGUGGUUUUUGAUCCGAAUAUGAAUCACAUCACUCAUUUAAUGGACGACAAGAUGAGAAAAGGUGGGCUUAUGUUAAGCUUGGUGGAAAACAAAGAUGUUCUAUCGGCUUUCCCUGACCAAUUCUCUCCUUACAACCAAUUGUUUGGUUGCGACAUGACUGGUACAGGCACUUUUCACUUCGACGGAACAUUGUUUCGGCUUCCUUUCCGUACGAACGAACAAGCACAAGAAAGUGAGAUUUCGGACGAACCUUAUACGCGAGACGACGUGAACAACCUCAUGAAGUCAUUGAAAGAAAGUGCCGCAACCCUUUUGAUGUUCGCCCAAAAUGUUAAAGAGGUUCGGGUUUUUGAGAUUCGGAAAGACUCUAACCCAAAAACGUCGUUAGGGCGACCUAUCAUCAGCAUCACAAAAUCGGUGCAGAAAACCUUGUACACGAAUAUUACAGAAGGAACGAUCUUGCAAAAUUCGUCAACUUGGUUAAACAAUCGAAGAUCGGGAGUGAAAGCCGCGUCAGAAGGACCCCGCAGUACCGAAUUGAUAAAGAUGAAUGUAUCAAUGGUGAAAUCUGACCUAAUUGAUGUAUCAGAGGUUGUUCGAACUGAAGACACGUGGCUUGUUAAUUCCUGCACAGGUGGGAAGUCUUCCCUUCAGGUAGCGCAAAGUGUUGAUGGUAUCAGGAACGCCGUUAUCCCCGUCACUGGAAUAGCUGCAAAGAUAACGCAUUCAAAGAUACAAGGCGUAAAAAUAUCCCCCGUACGUGGAGAAGUAUUCUGCUUUAUGCCACUGUCCAUCGAGUCUGGGUUUCCCGUGCAUGUCAACGGCUCUUUCUCGGUUUAUUCAAAUCGGCGGCGUCUAUGGGAAGAAGGUGUGGGUGAACACCAAUCACUCAUGAAACCAUUUGAAGCAAAGUGGAAUGAAGCUUUAAUGCAAGAUUCUUUAGUGCAGGCUUAUCUUCAAAUGCUACAAGAACUUACGUCCUACAAUGAUAAGCAAUACGAGUUCCACAGUCUUUGGCCUAACCCAUCAAAGGUAAACUACCCAAAAGCAUGGAAACCGUUUCUUUAUUCAUUCUUCAACAAAAUCAUCGACGAGGAGUGGCUAUUGUUUUAUUGCAAUGGAAAUUGGAGAAAACUUCAGGAUUGUCUUAUUCUAGAUCCAAAACUUAGUAAGGUUGCUGAUAGUGUCACCAUUAUGGAUCUGCUUGGUGAAAAUGUCUUGUCACUGCCCCAAGACUUCAUGGAAGCCUUCAAAUCUAAUGGGAAAGAAGCCUUUAUCAAGAAUCACAUGCUCACUGAAGACAGAUUUUUAAGAGAAUUCUUUUUUCCCAGAGUUUCGCAGAUUCCAAAUCAGCUUCGUAACUCAGUUCUUGUUCACAUCCUCGAUCGUCGACUCAGGAAACAUCUGAACUAUGAUGAUCUUUUACGGACGUAUCCAAGUUUCAGCUGUUCUAAGGACGGGACAUUGUUACGCACGCCAAAGGAACUGGUCCAUCCUGAAGGAAAAUCUGCCUGCUUGUUUUCUGAAGAAGAAAAACGAUUCCCAUUGGACAAUCGCUUUCUGGAGAAAGAGCGAGCAAUAAUGUUGGAAGAAUUAGGAAUGGCCAUUGAUUCUCUUCCUUGGUGUGCUUUGUGUGAGCGAGCUGAAUGGGUUUCGAAGAACUGCGAUGUGAAGAAAGCAGGACUGCUUAUUCAAUUUAUGAAUAAAAAUGGUCCGGAAUGUAAAAUAUUAAUAACUGAUGACGAAACGAAAAUUCUACGAGCUGCUCAGUUCCUUCCAAUUUUGUCCAAGCGAAAGGACUUCCCAUUUUCCUGGAAAUCUGACGAAUACCGUACAAUGAAGUUAGCUGCUGCCGAUCAUCUCUAUCCCGAACGACAUGAAUACCUUGUUGGUUCCUCUCAACUCAUCCUGGAUGAAUCACCUAAUAGUUCAAGCGUGCCAAACAAUUAUCUCAAGAAAAUCCUCGGGUUUACUUCAAAGCAACCAGACUUAACUGAUGUCAUAGCACAACUUGAUUUAGUCAUCCAGCUGCCUCCUCUGCUCCAUAGCGAAAAGAAGGAAUAUGCGUGUUCAAAAAUUUAUGAAUUCUUUCAAAAGGUUGUAUCCACUGAGAAAUUCAAGUCACAGCAAUCUUAUCUUCGCCAACAACUAGAUUGCCGACCAUGGAUGCUCGUUAAAAAUCAAAUGGUGGAUCCGCGACUAGUGGCAAGGAACUGGAACAAAGAAGAUGGAUCGCCAUAUCUGUUUUCUUUACCUCGUGAGUACUGUUCGAAGUUCAAAGGUCUCAUUCAUUGGUACGGGGUAAAGGAGAACUUUUCCCAAGAGGAUUUCAUUGUAGCAAUUUUAAAGCUUAAAGAGCACACUGGUCGAAAAAAAAUGUUAGAUAAUCAAAUCGGUACCCUUAUUGUUUUUGUCGAAGAAGUAUUUAGCGUACCUAAUACGAAGCUUGAAAUUACAUUGCCCCUUCCAAGUGUGGACUGUCGGCUGUAUGACGCAGAAGAACUUGUUAUUAACGAAACCCCUUGGCUGGAGACGGACGGUAAAAAUAAAACUGUACACCAGAAGAUCCCUGUAUUGUUAGCAUACCAAUGUGGUGCGAAGGACCUCAGAAAUGCCGAUUUAACUCGCUGCUCGGAACCUAUUGGUCAACCUUUUGGACAGCAUGAGAAUCUAACUGAUCGUUUAAAGAACAUCCUCACGGCUUAUCCUGCUGACGUGGGAAUAUUGAAAGAGCUUCUUCAAAACGCAGACGACGCAAAAGCUAACGAAAUACAUUUUGUGUUUGAUCCCCGAACACACAAAAGUGAACGCGUCUUCUCUGAUAACUGGAAAGACCUUCAAGGCCCUGCGAUUUGUGUCUACAACGAUAAACCAUUCUCCAAAGAAGAUAUUGAAGGUAUUCAGAAACUUGGGAUUGGAAGUAAAGUGGACGACCCUGCGAAAACUGGACAGUAUGGUAUUGGAUUCAAUGCAGUUUACCACCUUACUGAUUGCCCUUACUUCAUAUCGAACGAUGAAGUCAUUUGUGUUUCUGACCCGCAUACAGCAUAUGUUGCUGGUGCGAGUGAAAGGAAACCUGGACGGUUAUACAACCAGCUCACCAAAAUGUUCAGAAGAAAUUACCACGAUGUUCUCUCUGGCUUUUUGGGUGAUCUUUUUAAACUUAAAGGAAGUACAAUGUUUCGUUUUCCACUUCGUCGUGAUGCAAAGCUCCAGUCCAAGAUUUCCACUAAUCAAUGGAAUAAUAAACAAGUGAAAGAGCUGUUUGAUUUAUUUCGAGCAUCCGCCAAAGACAUGCUGCUGUUUCUGAACAAUGUUACCAAAAUCUCUGUUUCCGAAAUAAAGAAUGGAGAACUUGAAACGUAUUCUGUGAUGUGCGACGUUCCUGAUAUUCGUAAACGAACUGACUUCUUUGAGAGUAUCAGAGCAUGCAGUGAAGUACCAACUCAACAAAUACCAUGGCAACAAAUAUAUUACGUUAUGAACAUAUCAGACACGAAUAACGUAAAAAAAGAUUGGCUGAUCACACAGAGCUUGGGAUGUGUUAACGGACAGGAUGCCUCGGAAGUCCCAAAUGGUACUAGAAUGGGAUUGCUACCACGCGCUGGAAUUGCCGUUCGCUUGCCUUCAACUGAAUCUCAAAGUUCUCCAUUCCGACAUUUCCUAUUUUGUGCGCUUCCACUUCCAGUUUAUACGAAAUUUCCUGCACAUAUCAAUGGCCACUUUGCACUGGACUCGGCACGUCGUAGGGUGUGGCAUGAUCCUAGAAAUUCAGACGACAGAGUUCGUUGGAACGAUUUUAUGAAACGCUACGUAAUCGCCCCAGCCUAUGCCAAUGCAAUUUGUCACGCCAGAAAGCACAUUCUUGGAUAUCAAGCUGAAUCUCGCACUUCAGGCAUGUUUCCCUCUAACAAGGAAACUGAAGAUGGUCUCAGAUGGUAUCAUCAGUUGUUCCCUUCCAUUACAGAUCUUGACACAGAAUGGAAGCCCGUUGGAGAAGCGCUUUACAGGAAUUUCUUGUCGAUUCUUCCUGUUUUGCCAGUCGCCAUGUCAGUUCCGGAAUGGAAGAACCUUUCUGAAGCAAGAAAAGUAAGAACAGAGCCUGAUCAGACCCCUGUUUCUGUCGUGUGGUGUAAUGCCAGCAAUGCCUACUUUUGUACAUCUGGAAUGUCUUGGUUGCUGGAGAAAACGUUGCUGGACAUAGGAUUCUGCCUUCUAUCACACACUCCGAGGGGAAUUCACGAGAGUUUCAAAACAGUUGAAUUUUGCCAAGAUGUGAGUCCAGAACAAGUACGGGAAUUCCUCCGCAAUCACAUGGAAAUGAAAUAUAAUUUACCCAGGGAAGUGAGGGACACUGUUUUUCACGAUGUUGAGAAUGUUAAUGAACUCACCAUGUAUUGCGCUAAAGCUAAAGACUUUUUUGAAAAUCUUGAAGGUCUUCCUUUGCUUGUCACACAAGAUAGCACGCUUCGUUGCUUCCGUCCGGAUUUCGUGGUUUUCUGUAGCAAGUUCAGUGAGCUGUUGCCUUUCAGAUCUGAUCUCUUCCUGCACGAUUUGCUCCGACGUCGUUAUGCAAGUGACAUAGAAAAGUGUUCCAACGUUGUACGAGAAUUCCUUAUAUCUGAUCUUGCCAAAUUUCAAACUGUCCUUUUCCCACCGACCUGGAUUAAUACCGCUUCCCACCAACCGUGGAAUCCAAAUGAGCAAGGCGGCACAUUUCCAUCAAAAAAAUGGCUUGUAUUACUCUGGCAGUUCAUUGAUGCUAUUUCCAAAAGUGAAAAUGGUAGUAAAACUAGCGGUGAAGAUGAAAGCGAAGCAAGUAGUACCCUCAAUGAAAUCAUAACUUGGCAUAUAAUUCCGACCACACAUAACUGUCUCGUUCCCGUUUCCAUGGGCAAAACCGUUCUCAAUGUAAGCACUUACCUCAACAGCGAUUCAUUUCAAGAUACAGUCAGGCGUGGUGUGUUGGUGAAACUUGGCUGCCCUCAGUUAAACCACACCAUUUUGAUUUCUUCCUUUUCCAGAUCCUCAAAUCCUACUGGAGCUACUGCAAUACGCAAGCACUACCUUGCAAUGGUUCAAUCAACAGAGGACGUCCUGGGACUGUUGCACCAGACUUUGAACGGCGACAUGAGAGAGGAAACUACACUUACGAAACACGAAAUUGAACGACUCCUUAUGUUUCUACAAAGUGAUGUUUCCAGGCUCUCGUGUUCUCUUCUGCGAAAUCUUCCAUUUUACCAAACCAUCAGUUGCACUUACACACGACUUUCUGGUAACCAUGCAGUGUUUGAAGUGCCAGAUGACGUCCCCGGGGAUGACCUUCAAGUUCUUUCAUCCGUAACACGCAGUAUCUUCUUACGCCAAGCUCCCAAACUCGCAGAUCUUUACCGUUACAUUGGAAUCGAACAAGCAUCAUCUAUGGACUUCUACAUGGGUAUAGUUCUAAAGUACUUCGAUCAUUUAACACCUAACGGAAGAGUAAACCAUUUGAAGUUUGUGAGGGAUUACCUUCUGCAUGAGCAUUAUAGUGGUUAUAAGGCUCUACUGUCAGUCAUGAAGCAGUUGUCAUUUAUUCCCGAUCGUUUAGGCGUACUCCGUCCAGCAGAAGAGUUCUAUGACCCAAGUAAUAAAGUAUUUGGGAAAUUUAUACCAAAUGAUAAAUUUCCUCCCACGCCGUUUGAUUCCAUCGAGUGGAAAGAAUUUUUAAAGAAAAUUGGUCUCCAAUGCGCCGUCACCGAGGAACAUUUUUUAUCAUUUGCCACACAACUACAGGAAGAAGCUUGCAAUUCAACUUCAGAGGAAGCGAAAGAAAUCCUGGAAAAAUCAAAUAUUCUGGUUUCCCAUUUGUUUCAAAACAAGCGUUUGCACACAUCCGCAUUUCUUUCCAAAAUUUCUAAAAUUAAGUUUGUUCCUGCAGCCAAGAUAAUUGAGUUGUAUCUUGCUAUCCAUCCUUCACAUACAGAAAAAAUUCUCACCUGUUUUAGGGGCUCCGUGGUUGAAUUGCAUAGAGCCCUUGUAUGGUCAAGUGCAUCCUUAAUAGCAACCUCAGCUGUUCCAUACCGUAGAAAUGGUUUGAUCAACAUGCUUGGAAUACAUACCGAACCUCCACACGAACUUGUGAUCGCGCAUGUCAGUAAUCUUUCUGGUCGUUUUCCUGCGACGAGAAACGAAGAAAUUCCGUCUGCAUUGCAACCAGUCCUUCUUGAUGUUAUGGAAAAGAUAUACAGCUAUUUUAUGUAUUCUUGCCCAAAAACGUCUGGUUCACCUGAUUCAACUUGUUCACCUAAAUGUCAGUUGACAAGGAAUGCCCUUUGCAAUGUUCCUGUGAUAUUGGUCGACCGUCAUACGCUCGUACGCGGUAACCAGCUUGCAUUCAAAGGAGUAUGGGACUGCAUGAACCCUUACAUGUUCGAGGUUCCUCGCAAAUUUCAACAUUACGAACACUUCCUAAAAUGUCUUGGAGCUCAGGAGCGCCCAACACCGCUUCAAUAUUCAUCAGUACUAGAAGCAGUCAAGAGAAGUGGUGGGGAUAAUAAAAUGCACCCUGGAGAGGUUCGUGCAGCUGUCGAAGCAACAAAAGGUUUGUUCGUACGGUUGAGCAAAGAUAAGAAGCGUUCUCAAACACGUGGCGGCUCCCCCCCGAAUGCAGAACAAUCCCUGGUAAAUGUUCGAACUCUUUACCUCCCGACCGAAGAUAAUUAUCUGAAGCCAUCGUGUGAGGUUUUUGUCAAUGACACAAUGGAGAAGAAAGAACGUUUGAAAGAUUAUUGGAAGGAGUUGCUCAUUGAUUUGACCAUGAGGAAUCAAGAACGUCCUGCGAGACUUGUCGAACUGUUGCCGAGUCCUUUGAAAGUGAAAAAGUUGAGUUCUAUACUAAAUGAAGAGUUGAAUCCAAGUUGCAUCGACAAGAAAUGUAUUCUUGAUCGAGAUCCGAAUACACGGUCUUGUGACUUCAUCAAACGAUAUCGCGAUAUCAUGUGUUCUCGGGAGUUUAGCGAGGCGUUAAUUCGGCUGUACAAAGUUCAACAGGAUACACCCAAUAUUCCAGAACAGGUUGAAAAUGAUCUUAGAAGUCUUGAGAACGGGGUCAACGUUUCAUGCAUGCAGAUUAUUGAAGUACGGCUUGUCAAAAUAGCAACUAUGGAGCCAGUUUCAGGAAGUAAGAAAGAAGUUCCUACUUUCUAUCACAAAAUUCCAGAUGGAUUUUGCAUCCUAAUUAAACACGGCGGGGAGGGGAAUCCUGGUGUAUUACACGAAAGGUUAAGUUCGUUUAUUUCCUGGAUCACUGGGCAACAUAUCGGCGAGGCCUAUUGGCGCUAUCUGAUGAUAAUCCUUGGUGUUAAUGACCCCAGAGAAAUAUCGAAGACGUUGGAUGAAGGUCGGGUAACAGGAAAUAUCAGCAGCAUUUCGAGAGAACCAAAUCCGGGCGACGAAAUUCCAGAAAGUUUCCACUAUCUUUUGAAAAACGUUAUAAAUUACCAUCUCCGAGAAGGUGAAUGGGUUGGAUAUGAAGUAAGGGAGGAGGAUGAAGAUCAUGAAGCGGUGUAUGUGUACGCCAAGAUCAUUGAGCAAACAAGCCAAGGUAUGUGAUCUUUAACUGAAUUAUAUUCUUUGUUUCACUCACUUUAUUUUCUAGCUUGUUUUUGAUUGACUAACAACUUCAACAGUUUCAUUAAAGUACAGUCAAUUAAGGGCUCAAUCCGCUAAACCUUAGGUCUCGCGUCGUUAUAAUUUUAGUGAGCUGGCCUAGAUGCUGAAUUUGUGAUAAUUUGGAAUUGUUAUCAGUGUUUAAGAAAUAAUUAUAGAAAAUAAUUAAUAAUUUUUUUAAAUAAUUUUUUAAUAUAAUUUUUAUAACUUCAAUUAAAUCGGCUUAAAAUUAUUAACACCUAAGAUAUUUUGUUGGUGCCUGGGAUUAUUAUCUCAAUAUAUUUGACAGUAGUCCAAUACUGAACGUAGUAUGUUUCUGGGACAGAGGGGCACAUCUAAUCUACGUAAACAUGAUGACACUCGUAAGCAUGAUGACACUCGCGAGUGUCAUCAUGCUUACGAGUUAAAAUUGUCUUAAUUCACUCACUUGUUAAACAAUAUGUACAGUAAAUGCUUAGUUAUAACCUGGCGCACGAGUUAUCCGAAAAUGUCAAUUGUAUGGUAGCGGGCAUAAAGGUUAUGGGUUAAGCCGAUUAAGUUUUCUUCAGCGUCCCCUGUAUUUAACUUCUUACUUUUGUUACAAAAGCAUCAUAUAAUGUUAAUUUUUAGGUGAUGGUAGAUUUGCAAUCAACAGCAGAUACAAGAUUGAUAUUGGUAAAGAAGAGCCGGUUGAAGUUCGAAAACUGAAGCUUUACAAGUUUGAUCGUGAAGAGAGAACCGGAAUAGGAGCUACUUGGGGGAGACAAGAAAUAAUGGAUUUGGUACCUUAUACUGAAGGUCCUGAAGCUGACAACUCUAGCCAAGAAGCCAUCCCUCCUGAGCCAGUAACGCUUGAAGAAGCGAGAAGAGAAGUUGCAGAAGCGCUGAGAGAGAUUUGGCAACUUCCAGAAUCGGAAAGACGCAGUGCUAUCAGACGUCUAAUCCGACAAUGGCAUCCUGACAGAAAUCCACAUCGCGAGUCUUUAGCUACCGAAGUAACGCAAUACUUAUUCAAUGAGGUGGAGCGUUUGGAAAGGGGUGGAGUACCAGGUUACCAUCCUGAAACCGACAAUUCAAAUCAGUCUUCGACAGGACAAUCUCACUAUUGGGACUUUUUCCGCCGACACGCGGAACGAGCAAGGCGACAACGACAACAACGCCAAGAGCGGCGACAUUACGACAAUGAAACUGAGCCAGCCAGUAGGGACGAAGCUGAACGAUGGAUGCGGCAAGCUCAGAAAGAUUUCAGCACGGCUAACUACCUAUUCCAAAGUGAAGAGGAGACGUACUUUUCGUUUACUUGUUUCCAUUGUCAACAAGCUGUUGAAAAAGCUCUUAAAGCUUUCAUGUUUGCAAAAGGCCGUCUUAAUAGAAGUGACUUGGAAGUCCACGACGAGCUCACAUUAGCUUAUCGAGCGUCAGAAAUGCAUCCACGUCUUCACGUUAUUCCGGGUAUGGUUAGGGUCAUCCAUGAACGGAGAUAUUAUAUCAAAACCCGUUAUCCUCAAUAUAGAAGAGGGAAUUCGUUCCAUGAUCCCAUUCCGGCCGAGAUGUUCACACAGAGAGAUGCCGAAGAAGCUCUUUCAAAUGCCAGAGAAAUUUUGCAGCUUCUCAGGCAAGUCAUGGAUUAGAAAACAAUACUUUGUGUUUAACUUUAUCAAACUCAGACCUGGAAGAAAAAUUAGUGAGUUCUGGGAUUCUGAGAAAAUUUUCUUUAGCAACCGUAUAGGCCAGAUUUGUUCUAGAGAUUGAUGAUCUGUCUAAACGAACUUGGCAAAAAGAAUACAGUUCGUCUGAUAAAUCUUCUGUGUAUAAACGCGGCAUACUGACAGAUUUGCCGUCAAGAAUAACUCUCUCUUUGUAGUUCCUCUACUUCGAAGAUUGUGAAUGCCGGUAGUUGGUUUUCUCGAAUGGUCCAUCUUUGCAUAUAGAUACAACAUUAGACGAUCGAGCUACCAGAAAAAUACAACAUUUUGUUAGCGGAUUUUCGCUCCAAAAUUAUAUUGACGUUUGACUAUAAGCGAGUAUAGAUCGCACUUUUUUAACUAGUUCGUCUGGACAGUUCGUCCUACCGUUAGAGGGAUGAUGUAUCGAUCCUUCUCUAGAACAAAACGGGUCAUUGAAUGAGGGACAUUCAAUAUUUCACAUUCACAUAUUUUAUGGCCAAGUCUUAAGGAAUCGCUGCAAUAAAUAUAUAUGUCAGGGCCUCUUUUAAGGAAAAGGAACCUAUAUCUAGGAGGUGAUGAAAUGGAUUAGUACGAUCUCUAGGGGUCCACCUCCAGAAAAUUUUUGUAAUUUUGAGUAUAGGUCCAGGGCAUUAUUUUCUGCAUGCUAAAACACAAUGCAACCUUUUGAUACUAGACUUUACCAUUAGGCAAGAGUUUGGUCAUGGCAAUGUUAAAAUACUCAUCUUAACUAAAUAUUAUUCCUCUUCUCUUAUAUUUUAGAGGGAAGGGACCUUCACUGGGGGGACCAACAUAGUCUCCAUCAAUCGGGGUAUGGGAACUAGCCCAGUAUAUAUCGUGUUAAAAGAGGCCCUGAUGCAUGUAUCAUAUAGAUAACCAACUUACCAUACUUUAUUGUUACAAUAAAUGUCGUGCAUACGUACUUUUGAGGAGCGUUUUUAAAUGAAAGGCAAUUCUUAAAAGAAAGAAAAAUGUGGGAUAAACAGGACAUUUUUCAUGUCUGAUCAAACUAACGUUUUACCAAACUAUAAAUUGAUUAUUAUACUGAUUCAAUGGUGAAACAAUUUAGAUGUUAGGUUAGUAUAAUUAUUUUAAUGAUUUAUAAUCAUUUUUAUUGUAACGUUCUUAUAAAUAUACAUGGAGUGCAUGGUUGAGUGUACAUUAUCGGCAGGCAGACCUGCCAAGUUAGGAAAUAGGAAGAGAAGAAAGCGUGACACCCACAUCCGCACGUACAACAACUUUGAGCAUUAAUGCCAUAUUUGAUCGAAACACGGCAUUGCUGUAAUAGCUAUUUGACCUGGUUUUGAAAGGUUUGGCGAAUGAUAAAACAGUUAGAAAAACAAGGGUCAAUUUUGGCAUACUUGUCAAAUGUUAGCCCAAAACUGACCAAACCUGCCAAAGCAAGCCCCAAGUAAAGAUUUCCUGACGAUGUCCGAAUUUCCAACAUACUCAUCCAUUAAUAAAUUAGGCUAAGAGAGGCUGUCCAAACGAUCUUCUGACUACAGAAUGUGCAUGGAGAUGCCGUGUUUAAGGCAUUUUCGACAAGCAUGCGGUCACGGGACCAAAAUUUAAAUGUUGACUUUAACGACGAAUGCGCGACACUUGGCAGGUCUGUUACCGAAUGAAUUAAAGAUCGAAUGUAAACCAUGUCAUUUUGUUCGAAAAAUAUGCAGUAUGGUCAUUAAUUAAAUAACACGCUUGUGAGAACUCUAA